CAUCUUUUGUUCAUAUCAAGUUUGUGGAGUACUUGUUUCUGCACUGUGUGUAAUUUUCUUCAAUGGCUGCUCUUUCCGGCCUGGUCCUCCCAACACUUCUCUUUGCAUUGUCUCUUGCAAGCUUUGAGCUCUCCAAUGGCCAAGUUCUGAAGGCCAAGGUCACUUGCCUUGAUUGCCACAAGAAUUAUGAUUUUUCAGGUAUUAAGGUUUUAGUGAAGUGUGCUCAAGUCAAGAAGCUGGCUAUGGCAACCACAGAAGCUGACGGAUCUUUCGAGGCUAAGCUCCCAUCCGACGACUCGAAAUCUCCCGCAGCUCUUCACUGCCUUGCUAAGAUUCUUGGAGGUACAAACCAGUUCUAUGUCUCAAGGAAGGUCGUGGUAUCCAAAAUUGUGAAGACCCAUGACUCUAACUCCUACACCAUUUCCACUCCUCUUGGUUUCUCCACAUCAUGCCCCUUGAGUAUCAAAGAUCAGGCGGCUUGUAAAGCCAAGAACGUGUUUGGUUCAUCCAAGACCGUCGAUGUGCCUCUGCCGCCAGAGUGGGGUUUGGCACCUUCUAGCUUCUAUGUUCCAUUCAUCCCUAUCAUAGGCAUACCCUAAGUAAAAAUGCUUGUGCGUAAGUAAUAUGGGCAUCUCGAGUGAAAUAUUCUCUCGUUGUCGCAAUAUAUAGUCGGGUCAUAUGUUAUAUUGCUGGUGUAUUGUAUAUUGAACCAUGCUACUCUUGUCUUGGUUGUUUUCUAUGGGUUUUUGCUUUCGUUUUGAGUGUGUUCUUUUAUUAGAACAAGGUGUAGCUAGCUGGUACUGGAUGGAAGCAGAGAUAGUUGUGUUUCUUCCCAAUAGCUUUAAAUCCAUAAGAUUAUUAUAUAUAGUGUGAACUCCUGUGUUUCUUCCCUAUAGUUUUAAAUCCAUAAGAUUAUUAUAUGUAGUGUGAACUCUUGUUGUAUAAAUGAAGUAAUUUUAUUUAA